GUUAAACGUAAACCCGUUGCUUGGCAUUAAUGUAACUUGUCAUUUUCAUUAGCGGUGCUGCGUGACUGUUCGGCUUGUUUUUGUGAGAAUCCGGAAGGGAUCAGGGUCACAUUUCCCUUGCCGUCUGGAGUAUCAGUCCUCAGCACUGGCCAACUGAGAACUGAAGUGCCAGGCUUCAGCAGGACACACGGGCAGAGGACAGGUCAUCAGGCAGUCUCCCUAUGUCAGGCCGAAACGGGUCUGCGAGCGAUGCAGACUGUCGAAUCUCGGAGGACUGCCGUGUCCCGGAUGUAGAGCUGAUGGAGCUGGGACCCCUGCUGGAGGAGGCGGGCCGGCAGGCAGCGGGGAAAGGCAUGAUGUCGGAGGGGGCCUCAGUUCUGCCUGAUGAUGAUGAUGAUGACGACGAAGAGGUGGAAGGGGUCCUGACGCUGCCCCUCCAGGCUCACCACGCCAUGGAGAAGAUGGAGGAGUUUGUGCACAAAGUGUGGAAGGGUAGCUGGAGGGUAAUCCCUUUUCAUGUCCUGCCGGAGUGGCUGAAGGACAACGACUACCUCCUGCAUGGACACCGGCCCCCGAUGCCCUCCUUCCGCGCCUGCUUUGGAAGCAUCUUCAGGAUCCAUACAGAAACAGGGAACAUCUGGACCCACCUUCUGGGGCUGAUCCUGUUUAUUUGUCUGGGCACAUACACCAUUCUGAGGCCCAACAUGUACUUCAUGGCGCCCCUGCAGGAGAAGGUGGUGUUUGGGAUGUUCUUUCUGGGCGCCGUGCUCUGCCUCAGCUUCUCCUGGCUCUUUCAUACCGUCUACUGCCACUCUGAGAAAGUGUCUCGCACCUUCUCCAAGCUUGACUACUCAGGUAUCGCCCUGCUGAUCAUGGGUUCCUUCGUGCCCUGGCUCUACUACUCGUUCUACUGUUCCCCGCAGCCACGCCUCAUCUACCUCACCAUUGUCUGUGUGCUGGGCAUCGCCGCCAUCGUAGUGGCCCAGUGGGAACGCUUCUCCACGCCCGCGCACCGGCCCACACGAGCAGGAGUGUUCAUGGGCCUGGGACUGAGCGGCAUCGUCCCCACAGUCCACUUCACCAUCGAGGAGGGCUUCGUCAAGGCCACCACUGUGGGACAGAUGGGCUGGUUCUACCUGAUGGGCGCCAUGUACAUCACUGGCGCCGGACUGUACGCCGCCAGGAUCCCCGAACGCUACUUCCCCGGCAAAUGUGACAUCUGGUUCCACUCCCACCAGAUCUUCCAUGUCCUGGUGGUGGCAGCAGCCUUCAUCCACUUCUACGGCGUCACCAACCUGCAGGAGUUCCGCUACGGCCUGGAGGGAGGCUGCACUGACGACACCCUUCUCUGAAAGCGGCCCAGCUGUGGCCCCCUCAGCCAUUUGCUGGUCGAUCCGCCUCCCUACCCUAUAAAGUACCGCUGGAACACGCCAUGGUCCCCCGUAGCUCCUUCUCUCCACCCUUCUUCUCCUCCCCUGAUUUGCUCAUGUCAUACUUGGUUUUCUGGUGGUGUUUCUCUGCUUGGGCUCCUUUCUCCCCAUUUAAAGUAGCUUUAGCCAGUGAACUAUAUGGAGGGGCAUCCCGCCGAUGCGGCACCACUUUUUUAAAUCAAAAUGAAGCUCUAGGCUUGACUUUAGCUCAUUAAGAACAACAGGGUUUUGACCAGAUUGAUUACAUGUUCCAUUGAAGGAUGGGAACCUUUUGAGAGUCAUAGAGAUAUCGUAAUGGUGUCUUUCUUGGCCUCCAGAGCUUCCUACAUCAAGCUGUAGGAGGCUUAUGUGAUAGAAUGGGUCUGGGUUGGGGUCAAUACAUUCCAUAUUUAUUCUGUCCUCUAUAGCUCAAUUGGUAGAGCAUGGCGCUUGUAACGCCAGGGUUACGUAUGGGUGGUCCCGAUCCCCGGGACCACCCA